AUGGAUUCCGAGGUCAUCGAGAGACUCCAAAGUAUCUCACUCACUGAGACAGAGGGCAAGGCGAUUGCUCUGAAUCCCAGCCGCAGAACACAGACACUGGACAACUGCUUUCUCAGCCUUGUUGGUCGCUUUCUUAUGAUGAGAGACGUCAACCAUAGGGCGGCGAAGAACCUGCUGCGCUCCGCAUGGAAACUCGGUAACGAUCUCCAGAUUGUUGACGUGGGUGAGGGAUUAUACCUAUUCCGCUUUAAACUUCAAAGCCAGCUCCAGUGGGUGCAGGAUAGCGGCCCUUGGAGUUUCGAUAAUCACCUUCUGGUGACGCGGAGAUGGGAAAUCGGUAUGGCGGCGCAUAACAUUGCUUUCACGCAUGUCCCACUAUGGGUCCAAGUCUGGGGUUUACCCUUCGAUCUCAUGACAGAAGAAACUGCUAGGGACAUCGAGUCAGUACUUGGGACCGUGCUUAUGGUGGAUAGCAAGCCGUUUGAGUCUGAUCAAGCAAGGUUCCUACGCAUUCGUAUUAGCAUUCCCCUCAACCAACCGCUCCGGCGAGGAAGUCCGGUUACUAACCCAGAAGGUGACAGAUUUGUGGUGGCAUUCAAAUACGAAAGAUUGGUGAGCCUUUGUUACGCAUGUGGUCACUUGGGCCAUGAGAAGAAAAACUGCACCUUGUAUGACCCCAACCCGGAACAACAACCCAACCCGUAUGGUGAGUGGAUGAAAGCCGGUGCAAGACGUCGUGGGGACCCCGCUGAUAAUAAGACGACUAGUCCACCACAUCGAUGGGAUGACUCAGCAAGUGAACCUGAACCAACUAGGCAGCCAGCACAAUCUCGGGGCUCAGCCGUAGUCUCAGCUACGGUUACAUCACAGGUCACGUCGCCAACUUUGGAACCUGUGUACCCACAGGUCACAUCGCCGACUUCGGAACCUGUGUACCCACUUGGAAAGGUGAACCUGACAGCAAAACAAGAUCGUAUGGAGAAUAUGGUAACCAAAAAAUACGAGGUUCCUACCAAGUCUACGUCCACGAUCCCGGAGCCUAUCCCUACCACUCCACAGUUAUGUAUGAAACCUCCCGCUACAUGUCAAGUGUCUGAGCACCUCACUGACCCAUUACCCAUUACCGAAGCACCAACGGACAUGCAUGGUGGGGAAGGAAGCAUGAGUUGUGAACAUGCAGGUCACGUGGAAACAAAGCGGUCUAUCACUGAAAUGCGUAAACUCUGCUAUGACCUGAAUUUUCAAGCAGUCAUGGCUGUUCCGAGUGAUGGCCAAAGUGGGGGUUUGGGCUUAUUUUGGAAGGCUGAGUGUGACCUUCAUAUUCAGACGUUCUCUCCUAACCAUAUCGAUGCGCACAUCAGGUCUAUCGAUAAACCACCUUGGAGGAUAACGGGCUUCUAUGGGCGACCAGAAGGGCACCGAAAGCAUGAAUCAUGGAGAAUCCUUAGACACCUUCAUGCAAGAGCUUCCUUGCCAUGGGUUUGCAUAGGUGACUUCAACGAAAUACUUCACUCUUUUGAGAAGAACGGAGGUACCCCAAAACCCUUAGCGCCUAUGUUGGCUUUCAAAGAAACCUUGUUGCACUGUGGGCUGGAAGACCUAGGGUACCUUGGGUACCCUUUCACUUGGUGUAAUGGUAGACCCGGUGACGCCUUUGUUGAAGUAAGAUUGGAUCAAGCAUGCGCAUCGUCGGAGUGGCAGAGCGUGUUCCCAUCGGCAAAAGUAGCUCACAUGCAGGUAUCUUACUCUGAUCAUGACCCUCUGAUGCUAAAUACUCAAUGCUUUGCUCAACAGGGACAGACUAGGCGUAAGCGCCUCCAUCGUUUUGAGGAACAUUGGGUGACACACGAGGGAUGUGAGGAGGUGAUCAGGGAUGCAUGGAGCUACCAACCACCCAAUGGAAGCCCUAUGUUCAAGCUCUUCGAGAAGAUUAAGCAUUGCAGAAUGAAACUGGUGGCAUGGAGCCGUGUGGUGUUUGGCAAUGCUAAAAUUCGGAUUGAGGAAAAACAAGAUGCACUCACGGCUAUGGCCAACACCGGAUACGGAAACAACCUGGCACAAAUUAACAGACUAUGGGAGGAAAUAAAUACUUUGCUACACCAGGAAGAAGUGUUUUGGAGACAGCGUUCUAGAGCAAUAUGGCUCCCUACAGGCGACAAGAACACAAAGUUUUUCCAUAAACGGGCCAGCCAGCGCCGAAGAAAAAACCAGAUAGAGGGGUUGAUGGAUAGAGAAGGGGUUUGGAGGACGGGUGAGCAGAACGUGGGUGAGAUAGCUGAGGAGUAUUUCAAAAAUAUCUUUGCUACGUCAAACCCAAGUAAUGUCGAUAGGGUUCUGGACAUGGUAGACGAGGUAGUGACGGAAGAGAUGAACCAAUCCCUUCUCAAACCGUUUGUGGGUGAAGAGGUUCGGCUAGCCCUGUUCCAAAUGCACCCGUCGAAGUCGCCGGGACCAGACGGCAUGUCGCCUUUUUUCUUUCAGAAAUAUUGGCAUGUGGUUGGAGGGGAUGUCACAGAGGCAGUUCUUUCUAUCUUAAACUCAGGCCAUAUCUUAACCAAGAUGAACUUCACCCAUAUUUUACUCAUACCAAAGAAAAAGGACCCCCAAUCUAUGUCGGACUAUCGCCCUAUUAGCCUGAGCAAUGUGGUCAAUGUACUCACAGUUUGCCAAUCCAGAAGCAUGGAUAGCCUUGAAGGUAACAUAAUCUCUCACCCUUCUGUUUUGCAUUACUUUUCCUGUUUCCCCCCUUUCAUUGUCACUUCAUAUUCUCCUCCUUCUGUUCAUAAAGAAGAGGGAGAGGAUUCCCAAGAAAAAGAGGGGAGAUCAUAUGGUUCUCUUAUGAUUCAGAGAUUAACUGGAAGUGAAGAAGGACGGAUUGAUCACAUGCUUCAAAAAGUCCUGAAAUUUAUGAUUGUGUCAUGCUGCGAUGGGAAUGAUAGUCAAAGUUACAAUGAAAAGGAUAUGCCAUUGUCCACACCAGGGCUCACCCUUGAAAUGUUGAUUGAGAAUGAUGGGAGUGGGUUAGUUGUGCUAUGUAGCAGAGUAGCAGUUGGUUAA